AUGUUUGUCCGCCACACGCGUAGCAGCACGGCCGUCCCCGACCGCCAGAAGGAUUUUCCUGUUGUGGUUUUUGCCUCUCAAAAGUCCAAGACGAAUGCGACCAACAGGCUGACCCACCAAUUCUUGGCCCGGCACAUCAACUUCGCGCUCUGCGGUGUUGGUGGUCUUUUUCUGUGGAUUCAUUUCGUCUACGACCUCGUGCCACUGCGAUUCGGAGCGGACAUCAUUCCGCCACUGGACUUCAGCGACCCCCUUCAGUGGUCAAAGAAGCACAUUUUUUUCCCAUUGAGGCACGGAAGGGAACAACUGCAGGAAGAGCUUCCCAUAAAGACCCAUGCGUUUCACCGGUCGGGAGCCCAAGGCCUGAGUGACGAUCGCUGUCCCGACCCCGACAUCAACGCUCUCGGCGGCUGGGAGCAGGGCGAGAUGCGAAAAUCCUACGUCGUGGGAGUUCCGUUUUGGCCGGUCUUGAUGAUGGCCGGAUUCAGUGGGGAGCCGGGAGAUUACUACAUUGGCAGAGCGCACGCUAAACUUGACAAUCCAACCGAGUGGGAACAGUUGCAAAACCUCUUCAAGCUGUUCAUCUUCCCGCGCCUCGAAUCUGAUUUGGCUAAGGUCGAUAAGUACAACCGCGACAAUCCGGAUAAGCCGCACCACUCUGGCAGAAGUUUUUUGGAGGCUCUUGCAAACCCUGGGCGAGACAUCGUGGCACAGGACCUUGCCAUGUGGUGGUUCUACUGUCCUGAUCACGACCAUCUGUUCGACGGUACAAGACGGCCAUGCCAGUGCCCGCGCCACCCGUACACGGACAUGAAUCCGCUCUGCCGCCACCCUCUGUUUCAGAAAUGGGCCAUCAAAGUGGCAAUCAUGCACAAGGCUGGCAUUGAACUUCGUGAAGCCAGAGGCAGCUCUGCAGCCGCUGAUGCGAUCUACAAGCUGAACUCAUCCCGAAAGUAUCAGCAGCUCAUGGUGGAGAACAACCUGUACCGGACGGAAUGUGGUCAGAAGGAUCACGAGAUCGGCGAGCUGAAGAACAGGCUCGCUGAAACCGAAGAGAGGGAGAAGAAGACGGCCGCUGAAAACAAGCAGCUCAAAGAGGAGCUGGCUGCUCUGAAGGCGCGUGCAGGGAGCAGCGCGAACGCACAGGCUGCUGAUCGAGGGACGGGCUCGUCGACAAUGGAGGAAGCUGGUGGGGAGGCUCCGAAGCCCCAGAAGGCACAAGUCACCACUCCAAUGCAGGCAUUUUUUGACCUUGUCGUUAAACCCUGGCGGGACUCGGAGACGGUCGCAGAGGCAUGGGAACACUGGGUGAAGGUGACAUUUUUGAUGGACGAAAAGACUCUCCGCCAGCUGUCGUCCGAAAAAAGUUUCUACCCCACUUUCUCGUACAUUGAGAAGGGUGUGAAGGACGAUACUGUCGACAAAAAAAUGAAGCGGAUGAGGAACGUGAUGCUCACCGUCGAGAAGUACAGGGCUAAUAAAUCGGAGGAGGCCACCCGAGAUGCCAUUGCGAAGAUCCAAAAGGACGUGGUGGAUCGGAGUUCGAUCAGCGCUCUGGCGGAUGGCGUGAUUCUCGGAAACGAGCCACCUCCGAAGAGGGAUAAUCCCGGCAAGGAUAAGACGACGGAGAACAAGCGCCGCAAGGUCGGGUACCUCCUCUUCGCCGCCCAGAUGGAAGGUGACGUGUGGGGAGAGAAGAUGUUUGGGGAAGAUGUUUGGAAGCAGAUCAAGAUCGACGAGCCAAAGAAGCUGGCUAAACUGAAGAAGUAG